GGGAGGCGGCGGGAGCCGGGCAGGGCGGCGGGGCCCGGCGGGCGGCGAGCUGUCAAAGAGGCAUCCCGGGCGCCGGGAGCGGCGCAGCCCCAUGUGCGCCGAGCUGCGCCCCCGCCCGCAGCCAUGAACGCCGAGGAGCAGUACUACGCCUCGGCGCAGCUCUACAAGGAGCCGUGCGCGUUUCAGAGGGCCCCGGCGCAGGACUACAGCCCCAGCCCCCCCGCCUGCCUCUACGUGGGCCGGCAGCAGCAGCCGCCCUACGCCGGCGCCUUAGGGGCGCUGGAGCAAGGCAGCCCGCCAGACGCCUCGCCCUACGAGGUGCCCCCCAUCACAGAGGAUGCCGGGGUCUCGCACCUGCAUCACCACCACCACCACCACCACCACCACCACCCUCAUCUCCCUCCUCCCCACCAGGACGCGCUGCCCUUCGCCGACGGGGCGGACGCGGCGGCGAUGGAGGAGCCCCGCGUGCAGGUGCCUUUCGCCUGGAUGAAAUCCACCAAAUCUCACGCCUGGAAGGGACAGUGGACCGGUGGGUCCUACGUGGUGGAGCAGGAGGAGAACAAGCGGACGAGGACGGCGUACACCCGGGCGCAGCUGCUGGAGCUGGAGAAGGAGUUCCUCUUCAACAAGUACAUCUCCCGGCCGCGGCGGGUGGAGCUCGCUGUCAUGUUGAACUUGACCGAGAGACACAUAAAGAUCUGGUUCCAGAACCGGCGGAUGAAGUGGAAGAAGGAAGAGGACAAAAAGCGGGGGGCAGGGAACAGCAAUGACCCCGAGCAAGACUGUGUGGUGUCCUCUGCGGAGCUCCCGGGCAAGGAGGAUCUCCAGCCAUGUCCCCCCGGGAACCUGCCCGCCGCGGCCUCCAGGGACCUGCUCACCUCCAGCCUGGCGCCCAGAAGGCAGCAGGACUCGCGGUGAGCGGCGGGAGCCCCGCGCCCCGCAGAGCCCGGCCCGGCCCGGCCCGGGGGCAUGGGGGGCCAGGGGGAGCCGGGGGGAGCCGGGGGUCUGCGCCGGCUCCCCGCCGCCGCCGGGCCGCGGCUCAUCCCCGCCCGCCUUCCCCCGGGGAAACUUUGUGCGCGCCCUCCGAAAUCCCUCUGCUGCGAAAAUUAAAGGUGUUUGGCUGUGGCAGAGAAAGGCUCGGUGUGGUUUGUAGGACUGGAGACGGCGGCGGCCCCAGGCGAGCCGCGGAGGCGACGGGACAGCGGCGGAGCUGGGACUCCGCUGCCCCCGGGCACCUCUCCCCCCCGGGGGGGCAGCUUCCCCCAGGGAAGGCGGAUCCGGGGCAGACCGCAGCCCGGGCGGACCCGCAGCCGCCACCGACGGCGACAGCAGCCCAGGGUGCGCGGAGUGCUCUGGAAACCGGAGGAAAAACACUGACCAGAGCCCGUGCCCGGCGGCGGCAGCCGGCAGAGACCCCGCUGCGCAAGGCGCUGCGCACACGCGGCCCCGCUGGAGGGGGCGGCCCGGAGCGCAGCCGAGAGACCCAGUUCUGGCCGGGACUGCGCACCCCGCCGCCGCGCCCUCUUCGAGAGGCUCCGGGGCACCGGCCCUGCCGAGGACUCCCGCCGGAGCCCCACUUUAUUUACGUCUGUGGAAACUGGGACCUGU